AGGGAUAUCUUCUCUCUCUCUCUCUCUCUCUCUCAGCCCUUUAAAACCCUCUCAAAAAAGCCUUCUCUUUUUGUCAUUUUAUUCCCUUCUUUCUCCUAAAAAACAUAACAAAGUGAGAACUGAUGCGGCAGAAACAGACCCACAAAUCUUCUUUCAGAGAAUCUGUCAAGGCCCUUGAAGCUGAUAUUCAACAUGCUAAUACUCUGGCGGCUGCUCUUCCGCGAGAUUGUGUUGGGGAUUAUUUUCAGAUGAAAUUGUCUUACAGCCCUUUUGCCCCAUUCUUGCUAUUUCUAAUAGAAUGGAUGGAUUUGGACUAUAGUUGUACAGAUAACCUCCCAAGUUAUUUAGGCCUCCUGAACAUACUUGUAUCCAAGAUAUAUGUUGAUGGAAUGCCAACAAUGUCCUCACAAGAAAGGAAGACCUCUCUAAGGGAAUUCUAUGCUGUUAUAUAUCCUUCACUUCAGCAACUUGAAGGUGAUCUAAUGGAAUUGAUGGAAGACAGUAAGAAAAGAACUCGACGCUCUGAAAUUUUGACCAGGAAGAGGUUGAGGGGAAGAGUAAGUCCUCUGAUAAAGAUCCUGAGAGAGAUGAUGAGUGUGGGAUUUGCAUGGAAAAUAGUACCAAGAUGGUAUUGCCCAAUUGUGGCCACUCCAUGUGCAUUAACUGCUUCCAUGACUGGAAUGUGCGAUCUCAAUCAUGCCCUUUUUGCCGAGGCAGCCUGAAGAGAGUGAGCUCCAGGGAUUUAUGGGUUCUCACAAAUGACAAUGAUGUGGUGGAUUUAAUUACCCUUGCAAAGGAGAAUCUAAGGUGUUUUUACCUGUACAUUGAAAACUUGCCGCUCAUUGUGCCUGACCACCAUUUGCUUCUCUACGAUUACAUGAUCUGACUCGCAUUAGUGGGAGUGAUAACCAUGAAAUAAGCUGACUGUUAGUUGUACAUAUCCUCUCAUAUGAAAAGCUUGAUCAUCUCUUCUGCAGUGCCAGAUUCAAGAGCCGUUCCCUAGUAGCUGUAUAUAAAUAACUGAACAAGUCAAAAAAGUCGUGUACUGAAGCUCAAGGAUAAAGCAGCUGAAUUCGAAGAUUGGUGAAGUCCCUUAAUGAGAAGCUUAGAUGAAAGUAAGGCCUAAGGACCUCCAAGUAUUUGGUGAGAAUAAAGAUGUGAAAAACAUGCUUAGCAUUCAGCUCAGCAUUUUGGAACCUGAGUUGUGGAAUCGAAAUGGCAAGCUACUAGAAUUGCCUGGUAUGUGUUAAUUCCUAUACAUCAUGAUGUACAACAGGUCAUGAAUAAGUUUGUAUGUUAUGUAGACU